GAACAGCUGUCUGGUACAGGACAUCCGCGCUCACCGGGAUUGGAGGCACGACACGCUCAGCAGAGCCCAAAGAAAGCAAGCGGGAGUUGUCCUGGGGCUCUGGAUCAGCCCCUGCUCAGGUGUGACCRAGGAACCUGCCGAACGGGAGGAAUUCAGAUGGGACAUAUUUCAGCCCUGAUGCCAUGUGCUACUCACCCUGCCCCCUGCCCUGUCCCCACCCCACCCAUCAGCCUCUUUAACAUGACAAAGAGCCUGGAGGAGCGGGCCACGGGGAAUAUUGCAGUCCCAGGCAGGGAAUGGCCGGCUAUAAAGGCCUGCCUGCGCUUCGGGGCUGCCUCAGCCCACUGCUGAGACCUGUCCCCCAAGAGAAGGUGACAUCUGUUGUGAGGUGGGGGAUCCAGCCCUUCGGCUGCUCCCCAUGUGCGCACACUUGGCGCUGCCCCCGUACCAGGCGUACCCCGGCGGGCCUGGCAUGGGGUACCUGGAGUUUUACUGGAACGCGGUGGGUGAGGCGGGACAAGGACAAGGACAAGGACAAGGACAAGGACAAGGACAAGGACAAGGACAAGGACAAGGACAAGGACAAGGACAAGGACAGGCCCCCACAGCAGCCGGGCCGGCGGGAGCAACCGUGGCCAGGCACUCUCCGGAGGCGGGAGGGAAGAGGCUCACAGCAGAAGUAUCCCCAGCUUCGUCCAGUUCUGGGAAUUUCAGCCAAUUCACACCAGAUUCAGCCACCAGUCCACAUUCAUCAUCCUCAUCCCCACAGCCUACAGCUAAGUCUCAGAAGGGCAGAGAAUAUGGCGUGGAGGGGAUGAGGAAGACCAAGAGCCGCACAGCUUUCUCCAAGGAGCAGCUGCAAACCCUKCACCAGCGUUUCCAGAGCCAGAAGUACCUCAGUCCCCAGCAGAUCCGGGAGCUGGCUGUUGCCCUGGGGCUCACCUACAAGCAGGUGAAGACUUGGUUCCAGAACCGGAGGAUGAAGCUGAAAAGGUGCCAGAAGCACAGCCUGUGGAGUGAACGGGCUCAGUGCCUCACACAAAGUGGCUUCCAGACCGGUACUUACCUGGAUAUGCACCCCAAAUUCCACCAGGGCUACCCCAUCACUGCAGCUGGCAACAUGCAAACCAUGCCUGCCCCCUGUCAGCACUAUGGAGCAGGGCAGAACUCUUACACAAUCAUGACCAGCGARGAUGGAGGAGUCUUUGGCAAAGGAGGGGGGACCUGCAGUGUCCAGCAGACAGUGGGCUUCAUUGCCCAGCACAAAGUAGACUUUUACCACAGCUAUCCUGGAAGUGUUGAAUAUCCAGGUGAUGGCUGUAAUUUUCACCACUCAGCCACUGUGGGGGCUUCUUUCCCAACCACCGCUGGCCAUCAUCUUUAUCAUUCCUAAGCACUGUUGAUAUGAGGUACUUGGGCAACCAGGAAUCAAACCUUAUUCUCAUCUCUCCCUUUGUUAUUCAUGCGCCAUCCAACUCAGGGACACUUUGUAGCUAGAACCUUAUUUUGGCAUCCAAAUAUGUGCGUGCAGACACACAGACGUGCGGAGACCUGUUUGCCCAGCUACACACACACACACGUGCACACACACACACACUCCUUCCUUGAUUGACACAGACAAACAAGCUCCCUUAUAGCAAAACCCAAGAUCUAGCUACCCUGGAUCUUCUAAAUUAUGGAUCUAAAUUAUGCCCUGGAUCUUCUAAAUUAUGGAUCUUGUAACUUGUCUGAGAGGAAGUACAGAUUCCUUUGGGGAUCUCGUUUCUAUGUAUCACUAUACAGUUGUGUGUGCCUAACACAUGAAGCCAUGGGCUCUAUGGAGAAGUGCUGGUUCUGUACUUUUAUCUGAAGUUGGAGAAGUUAUUGCCACGUGCCAGUUAUCCAUCCGAGGUGUAGACCAUCAGUUCUGUAUAUCAGCCAUGAGGUGAAGUGAUGAAGUGUCUAAUGAAGGAAGAUGUGACAAGCAGUUUGCAGAAAGGCUGGUAAGAUGACCUUAUAAGCCCUUCCUUCUAGUCUGUAUCUUGAUGUGCCUCCCCUUGGGAAUACCUAACAGUGCAUUCA